AUGUUUAAUUAGUAAUAUAGUUUGGAUUAAACUAACUCUUAACAUUCUUCAUAACAAUCAUAAACAUUUUUGGCAGUUCCUCGCUUAAUUUAAUAAGAGAUUUAAGCUUAUCAAGCAGGAGUAUAGAAGCAUGUCAAUUUUGAGGACCCUAAUUAAUUAUAAAAGAGUGAACAUAAAGAAAGUUUGGAGGAAGGUGAAAUCUUUGGUUCAAGAUUGUCUAUGGAUAAAAGAGAAUUUAAUAAGAUUGAUGAAGUAGAGGAAAAUUAUAAAUCAUUAAAGUUAUUUCAAAUAGAAAUGUAAAAUAUGAAUGGAAGGAAGCUUAUUUCUAAAAAUAGUCGAAAAUUUAGUGAUUAAAGUGAUAUGGGUUUACGUAAACAUAGUGAAUAAUUGAGAAAGGCUUCUUCAUCAUAUUUUCCAAAUCCUUCUCCUAAAUUUAAACAUUAAGGAAGUCCACUUUUACCUAAAGGAGAUUUGCAUUCCAUUCCAAGAUGGCCAAAGAGAUGGUUUUAUAUUGUUAAGUUUUUGAGCAAAAUUAUGUGUGUUUAACCAAACAUUCUAAAACAAUCCCAUUUAAUGCUAAUUGAUGAUAAGGCUAAUAUAAUUACAAAAAAUUGCUUUAUUUUUAAUCCUUACACUCCAAAAAUCUUAUGGUCUCGCUACAUUAUAUUAAUAAUCUAUAUUUUAGGAUUUAUGAUAAUCUUAUGGGAAUUCGCUUUCAAUGAAACUCAAGAAUUAUUUAUAGCUUUUUGUAAUUAAUAUCAAUUUAUUAAAGUUUGCUUUUCAAUCUUUGAAAGUUUGAGUAACUAUUUUGUUGGAGUGUACAUAGACGAAAUGUAUACAGAAAAUAGAUGGAGGAUUGCUCAAUCGUAUUUAUACUAAGAUCUUGUCUAUCUAAUAAGUUGCCUUCUUAAAUAUUUUAUAUCUGAUUAUUUCAGUAAGAUUUACUAAUAGUUUAUCAAUAGUUCUGUUAUUGUUAUUGAGAGUUCACAGACUCUACAUGGUCAAUUCAAGGUUAACAUACUGUUUUCUUCCUAUUUUAGUAGUACAUGCAUUUACAACAUUAUAUUCAAGACUUUCUAAAGAUUAGUAAAGCUUUGUGCAUAAUUAGAUUUUCAGAAAGCAACAUUUCUAUCUACAUAACAUCACUUUAAUGGACAAUAUUUUAAAUGGCCAAUAGUGGGAAUUCUUUUGAUAGAUAAAUGGAAAUUAAUGGAUAAGCCAAUAUACCUUAAAGAUUACUUUCAAUUAUUGCUACCAUAUUCGGUUAUUUAGUUACAAUAUACUUAAUAAAACAAUUAUUAUAAUAUAAGCCUUAAUAGAAAUUCAAGAUCAGUGCUUAACUUAGUUAGAAUUUAUAGAGAUAUGAAAAUAGAACAAAGUUGGAACCUAUAGACUUAAGUGGAUUGAGGCCUGAUUUAUAAUAUAAAAUGAGAUAAGAAUUAUUUAUGCCAUUAUUAGAAGGUUUACCAUUUACAAAAGUGUUUUUGGAAGAUUUAUCCCAGAAAUUAUAAACAUAGGUAUAUCCUCAUGGAACAAUAUUACUAUAGUAAGAUUAAGUUAUGAAUAAAUUGUUCUUUUUGAUGAAGGGAAAUUUUGCUUAAUGUAUAGGUAAUAAAAUUUUAAUGAAAAACUAAUUUCCUAUGUAAUAUUUUUAUCGUUAAAUUUAAUGUCCUUUGAGUCUUAGAUGUUUAAGUGAAUCACUUAUAGCUUAUGUUGAUCUAAAUGAUUUUUUGUAGUUGAUUAAAAUGCAUAGUCAAGAUUUCUAAAAAUUUUGUAUGCUAAGAGAGCAUAACAAAGAUGUAUGUCCUUGUUGUGGAUAUAGGAAUCACACAUUUAAUAAAUGCAAACAUGUUUUUUAUGUACCUAAUUUCAAAGAAUUAAUUCUCAUUCAUAACACAUCAGAACCAAAUGAUAGAGUAAACUUUUAUAGAGAUAAUGGAAGAAAUAGAAUUAAUGCUUUAUUAAAUAAAAAUCUUAUAUGCAUUACAGCCAUAAGUUUUACUAUUACUAAUAAGAUAUCUUCAGAAACUGAUUUGACAAAUGAAGUCAUGGGGAAAUUAUAGGGAAGUACUAAUAACUUUGAAGAUUCUAUUUUAAAUGACUUUUAAGAUGAAAAAUCAUCUCGUUAUUCAAUGUAUCAAAAGCAUGGAACUGUUGAAGCACCUAAAACUAUCAAUUCACCUUAAAAUACUUUUAGUAGUUAGACUCAUCAACAAAGCAGUAUGCCACCUAUUAAAUUGGAAGAAAAGGAAUCCUCUUAUAACAGUAGGAAAUUUGUACAUAAACAUAUGGAUUACUCUCACACUUAAAAUUCGAUUAAAGUGAAUUUGGUUAAAUCUACUAACUCUAAUGAAUUAUAAGUUAAACGAACUCAAAAAAAUAGAUAAACAAGUUCGUCAAGUUCGUUAAAUAAAAAGAUGCAAUCGACUAGUAUCAUGUAACAGCCAAAAUCAUAAACAGGUUCAAUCAUACCCCAAUAAGAAGAAAAUGAGGAUAAUUUAGAUUAAGUAUGUAGUUAUGAAUAUUAUUAUCCUUCUUAUAAUAUCGAAAAUAUUGCUAAUACUUUAAAUCAUAAAUUAAUGAGCAAAAGCAUAUCAUUUGUUAAUUGA